AUGCCUCCUCCACCUCCCCCGCCGCCUCCGAUGCCUGGAAUGGGCGGUCCUCCGCCUCCGCCUCCGCCCGGGGGACCUCCAGGACUAGGCAGUCUGCCGUCGAGGCCGGCAGGAGGAGGAGCGAACAGAGGUGCCCUUCUCUCCGAUAUUUCCAAAGGCAAAGCUCUCAAGAAAACCGUCACGAACGAUAGAUCUGCUCCAGUUGUCGGAAAGGUGUCAGGCGGUGGAGGAGGAGGAGGACCGCCCAUAGGAGGUGCGCCCCCAGUUCCUGGAUUUGGCGGUGCACCCAAACCUCCAGGAGGUCUCGCGCCUCCGGUACCUGGGAACAGAGCUAGAAGCAACAGUGAUCAAAGUGGUAGUGCUCCGGCACCGGCAGCUGCGGAACCCGCACCGCAACUAGCUGGACUAUUUGCUGGGGGCAUGCCGAAGCUGCGCAAGACUCGCGGUGCUGUCGACACCGGUGCGGCUGCCGAUUCAUCAUACCUGUCGGAUCCCGAGAACAACGUACGAUCGUCUUCCGCGCCAAAGGUGCCUGCCUUCGGUGCGCCCAAGCCACCUGCUGGUGCGGCGCCAGCUAUUCCUGGAAGACCUCCUCUCCCACCUCCAGGCGGUGCUCCAGCACUACCACCGUCGAUCGCCCAUUUGCGAAAGACACCCAGCGAUGUUCCCAGGCCGAGCUCCUCGGCAUCCAUGAAGGGGCCCCCGCCUCCCAUUGGCAAGAAGCCACCACCAUUGCCUGCAUCUCGAAAGCCCUCUACAGCUCCAUCGAACAAUCCACCUCCUCUGCCUGGUGCUCCAGCUCCUGGAGCCCCUCCCCCGCCUCCUCCAUCAGCUGCUCCAGCACCUCCCCCAUCGGCACCUCCCUCGGCGCCGCCACCACCCCCCGCCGCUGCUGCACCCAGAGCCCCAGCGCCUUCACCUCCUUCUCGAUCUCCAGCGCCUCCACCUCCUCCACCCGCAUCAAACGGGCCUUCGCCUCUGGCAAUGCAAGCUGCCCUACGAGCAGCUGGACAGGCAUCACCCAGUGCCGCACCCCCGCCACCUCCAUCCACGGCGCCUUCGCCUCCCGCGGCCGCACCUCCCCCGCCGGCCGCCCCUUCGCGGGCCCGGUCCGGGUCUGGACUUCGCUCAUCUAUGCUCGACCCUAGCGCCUUUACUCUUGCCCCUAAUGGAGCAAAGAGCCCACCUCCUUCACGUACCAACACAACCACGAGCCUGAGUACUGUUGGUGGUGGUGGUAGCGGCGGACGUUACAUUGUCCAAGACUCACGUUGGAGGUUCCAGGACGAGGCUAUGCUCCCAAAACCUAGGGAAUUCCUCGGUGGUCCCAGACGCUACAGGGCUGGCAGAGGCAGCAGUGUUCCGCUCGACCUAAGCGCAUUGUAA